AUGGUCAGUGGCCAGAGCCAGUACCUGACGAGAGAUGCUGUCAGGCCCCACCCAGGACUGGAGGUGAACACACAGAUGCAGAUGGAGGAUGGGGUAACCCCAGGGAGCUGCCCUUCCUACCAGUGCCAAACUUACAGCAAUGCUGGGCAGCCAUCAGUGGUCAAUAAUGUGUCUAGCCUCUCAAAGCCAGCCCCACUCCCAGCGCCUCCCCCUGCACUCAAACUAGGGCAGGGAGGGUUCAAGAAGGUCUGCCGAACUGAGGAGGAUAGCCCCUGCCCCUUCCCAGGACUGGCUUCUGGGGUGCUGGAGAUGCGUGUGAAGGAGGGCAGUAAGAUCCGCAACUUAAUGGGCUUUGCCAUGGCACGCAUGCAGGGAGAAAAAGGCGGGGGAGGUGUGAAUGGUGGCGGGCUUAGGCAGGUCGUCUUCACCGGUUCGGGUCGCGCUGUCACCAAGACUAUCACCUGUGCUGAGAUCAUGAAACGAAAAGUGGGCUCUCUCCACCAGCUGACCAAACUGCGGUACAAGGGGGUGAAGGAAGUGUGGGAGAGUCAUGAAGGGGGGACGUCGGAGAUGACGGUGCACAGGACCGUGCCCUCCAUCAGUAUCCUUCUUUCCAAAGAUCCCCUGGACCCCCAGGAACCAGGCUACCAACCUCCGGAGACCCUCAGUGCAUUGUGGGAGGAGAAAGAGGGCAUGGAUGCCUCGCAAACAGCAUGCAAGAGACCUCUUGGUCCGUUGCCAUACAGCGGUUUCCCUGACUCAGAUGAGAGUGAGGUCUCCUGGAUGGCGUGGGAGUUCGCUAUCUCCCAGCCUCCAGAUGGCUCCGUCUUCUCUUAUCUAGAAGAAUGGGCGCUGCCUUCAUUUUUCAACUGCCCUUAUCUGGGAAUCCUUUAA